AUGGCUAAGCUGGACCAGGAGUCACAGCAAUCCUGGGCCUCUUCUAGCACAAUGUUCAGUGAUGAUCGGGUUUUUGUGGAAGACGUGAUAGGUCAGUCAUCCAACCAGUUCUCUACCAGCCGGUCGUCAAGCCCCAGCAGCAGUCCAGCAUGCAGCAGCAGCAGUGAGGACACAUGCAGUCUGCACAGCUGGAGCUCAGGAGUUACCUGCCUGCUGCACAGCUCCAUCAAGAGACAGAGCCAGGAGGCUUUUCAAGCUCGACUCAGAGGGGAGAGAGGGUGGAGAGAGUUUACUGUAGCUCCAUCCAGUGGAACAGAUCGUCCACAGGCAGAGGAGGGAGAGGGCUGCUGCCACAAAGAACUACACCUUGGGAGGGGGUGUACACAAACUGUGAAAUCAGAGACGGUGCUGACGGAGAGGAUCAAAGCCAAGCGGAAGUUUUCACAGUUCCUGGAUGAGGUAACGUCCAACGUGCUGAACCGAAACAACCUGCAGGCAUUUGGGAAACUAGUGCCUCCAUCUGGAGUCAUCCCCAUAUUCCCAAAUCUGCCCGAAAACCGGAAGCAAGUGCUGAGCCCCAGGCUGCCCCGAUCAAUGGCCCAGAAGCAAAACCCUUUAGCUGAGCAGAAAACCUCAGAAGAUGAGACUUCCCUCGACUCAUCACAGAAAAUGUAUCUGGAGACGGACAUCGACUCUGUCCGGAGGGACGACGGGCCCCAGAACCUGGAGAUGAAAGCAGAGUCACCACCUCUGCUGGUGAUCGAUGAUAAAACUUUGUUUCCGCCUCCUCCGGAGUUUUGUCAAGGGUAUAAAAUGAAGAUUCCUGUUCUGGAGCUUCGUCACGACUUCCCGAGAUGCCCCUACAGAUCUGUCUCUCUGCCCAGGGGCAUCAACAUGCUGCUUGACGAGGAGAUGAACAACAUAGACCCGAUCAGCUCUUUGCUGGAACAGAAGGAGGACUUGCGGAAGAGACUUUCCUACACAACACACAAGCUGGAGCUGCUGCAGAGCGAGUUCGACUCCACCAGGCAGUACCUGGAGACGGAGCUGCGCCGAGCACAGGAGGAGCUGGACAAGUUCACAGACAAGCUUCGCAGAAUACAAAGCAGCUACUCGGCGCUGCAGAGGAUCAACCAAGAUCUGGAGGAAAAGAUCCACAGAGAUUCACAGCACCACGAAGAUGAAAAACGAGCUCUGAGCAGAGAAAUCAUCGUCCUCAACAACCAUCUGAUGGAGGCCAAGCUCACCAUUGAGAAGCUGCAAGAGGACAAUGAGCUGUACAGAAAAGACUGUAACUUGGCUGUUCAGCUGCUGCAGUGCAACAAGUCUCUGUACAGAGCCCAGCUCUCCGAGCUUCCUGCUGACUUUCAAGAGCGCCUGACCAUGCAUCUGGAAGAAUCUCCUCUCUGUCACGACUACCCUGACUCUACUUCCCUCAUUGCCAACGUGCUUGAAAAGCCAGAUGAGGCCUGCAGCAGCAGCCAGGCGUCCCGUUCCCCCAGCCCCCAAACCCAGAACCAUACGUUCAUUCUCGAGAGACUCGGGCCAGGAGAGCGCCUGGGGCUCAGAGCAGCCUACAAAUCCGAUCUGUACAGCAGUGACACGGCUCUGUACUGCCCCGACGACCGUCACCGCGAGAGGAGGCCAAGCAUGGAUGUGCACGGCCACAGGACGUUCCUGUACGGACCGCAGAACUCGACCGACAGCACUCCGGAGGAGGGCUCUGUGGGACUGCAGGCUGGGUUCUCCCAGAAGCAUUUUCCCAAGUUCCCUGCAGCGCUGGCUGGAGGCUCCAGCUCUUACUCCAGCUUCAGUGGAGGUGGCUCGGAGGAUAAAGGCAAUGACCCACCCAGUAGUGCAGCUUCCUCACCACGUCAUCAAUCCCUUUACAUGGAGUGGAGAGAUGCGGGGGACUAUGAGAGAAAGAGUGACUCAUCCUGGGAGAGGGACAGUCCAAGGAGCUUUGGGAACGCUCAUCCUUUCCAACAGACUGAGCUGAGCCACCAUCAGAACGGCAGCUCGCCGGUCUACAGCCGCACCAUGUCCUCAUGUUUCAGUGAGCCGUACGAGCCUCUGCCUCCAUCUUCCUCCCCAAGUGUCGCUUAUGGAGACAGUCGCCGAGGCAGCACUUUAGCCCCCGAGGAGGAAGAACUGAUUGGUAGAUGGAGACAGCUUAGUGUUGAAGACUUAAGCGCCCACUCAUACCGCAGUCCAGGCAGAGCCUCGCCUUACAGCUUCUCAGAGCAGCACUUUUCCGUCCGCCCUGCCAAAAUCCGCCUUGGUCCGCUCUACAGCAGCUUCCAGGAGGGGGCUGACUACUAUCACCAUGGUGCAGAUGCCAUGGAUCCGGUGUGGGCCGCCGCCAGCCCCGAAUGCAGCCCAGGACUUCGGCAAGCACACAGCCAAGCCCAUCUGUACCGAAGUGAGGACAGCCAGGGGUCAGAGCACAGCCUGUACCACUCAGGGAGCUCCAAAGACAGGGAGGGCAACGUUGCAGCUGGAGGCCAGAGCACAGAGUACGUUGAGCCCAGUCCCAAUAGCUCCACCGAGUCCCUCAACCAGAGGUCCCUGGAGAUGGCCGCAGAGCUGCAGCACUAUCAGGUCGAGAUGCACAGCAUGCCUGUGCAGCCGAGCCAGCAGCCACCACCGACUCCUCCGCCUCCUCCUCCUUACAACCAAAAAUUUGGCUCUUUGGGGCUUUCAAGGAAAGACAGUCUUACAAAGGCCCAGCUUUACGGAACCCUGCUGAACUGAAGGACUUUCAAAUGAGGCUGAAAUCUUUGAUUCCACUAAACACACAGGGCCUUGGUGCGCUCAAGUUAUGUUGCUGCUACCAUUUAGCUGAAAAUGGUUUGAAAAGCAGCCAGGAGCCAAAUGGUUCACGAAGAUGAAACUAGUGGAGAUUAUUUAGGAGAGAUGAUUACGCGAUAGAGGAUUGCAAAUAUUUCUGGGGAAGUUAGCCACAACUGAGGGGGAAACAGACAGAGAGGAGUUCAUGACAAAAUGUAUAUGAAUGUGUAUGUAUUUAUUUCAAAUGUCUAAAAAAAGCAUAAUAACUAAGAAUUGAGUGAUAUAUUUUAUAAGUAGUUGUUAGCAACAAAUUUAUUCAAAAAGUGCAGUUCUUAUUGAUAAUCCUGCAAGUUGUAAAUAAAUUUAAAAACUGCCAGUGCCAUGUCUGAAAGCUCAAAUUUGAAUUGAGGUAAGCUGCGCACUGAUUUGUUUCAGUCGUUAUUUUCAUUCAGCUGAAACAAUCUCGGCCUUUGGAGGAGUUAUUUAAUGAACAAAUCGAUUACGAAUUAAUUCCUUGAAUGACAAACGAACAUUUCUCUUCCGUUAAUUGAUUUUUAGCAGUAUCGAUGGGUGUGAUUUCUUGUUAUUGAUGGAAUGUUUUAAGAUGUAAACAUCUGUCUUAGCGGUCAGUAUUGAUUUAUUAGAUUCUUUUGCUCUUCCGUUGUCUCUUUGAGAGGUUCUCCUGCCCCCGUUCUACCUCAGAUUUGGACGCCCACACCCACCUAAGCCUCUGUAAGUUUGUUUCUUAGACAAUGAUGCAUGGUCAUAUACUUUGUUGUUUUGUUCUCUUAAUAAAGCACAAAUUAUAACUUCAA